AUGGCAAUUAGGUCCAGCCAAUCAAUGAAUUUAGAGCAAAGCCUUGUUCACCAAAGAAUCAACGGAUUUGCUUUUCCUGUCUUUGAAGCGGCUCUCAAGCUUCUACCCUAUACAAUAAGUUAUGAAAAAGUUCCAUUCUAUGGCUCUCAUCAUGAUUUGCUCAAGGAGGUUGCUCUUAAGAAUAUUGAUGCAGGUGUAGGUGACAUAAUAAUAAGCGCAGAAGGAUUUGAAUUAGUAGAAUUCUCACAGCCAUACGCUGAAGCAAGACUUGUGAUGGUGGUUCACACUGAAACGGAUAAAUCGAUGACUUGGUUGUUUCUGAGCCUCUUCACGCCAUGUAUGUGGUUUCUUCUAGCAGCUACGAGCUUCUUCACCGGUCUGGUUAUCUCGUUAGUUGAACACAUGAACCACAACAACGGUGGUGGUUCACUUGCCGGUAAUCUGGCUAGUGAUUCACCAGGUAGAGGAGGAGUUGCAGUUGCUUUCUCGUUUGCUUUUGCAACUCUCUAUUUUGGACAGAGAGAAAGACCCAACAAUAUUUUGUCUCAUUUUGUGCUGGCACCAUGGCUAAUUCUGAUGCUUGUAGUUAGUGCAACAUUCACCUCGAGCUUCACUUCUAAGAUAACCAACUCACAAAUUGAACCAUCAAAAACAGAUAUUGAAAUGCUCAAAAGAGCAAAUGCCGUUAUUGGCUUUGAUGGAAGUUCUCUCUCUUUUGAGUAUUUAGUGGAAGUCUUGGGGUUCAAGGCAAAGAAUAUCAUAAGUAUAGCAUCUAUUGAUGAUUAUGCAGAAGUUUUAUCAAGUGGGAAAAUUGCAGUUGCUUUUAUUAUGAUGCCUUACGCCAAACUUUUUCUGGCAAAAUACUGCACCGGUUUUGCUAUUGCAGGAUCAACCUAUGAGCUUGGCGGUUUUGGCUUCGCCUUUCCAAAGGGCUCCGCACUAGCAUCAGACAUGUCGAAGGCGAUUGUAAAAUUAAGGGCGAGGGGAAAUUUACGGUUAAUCGAGGAAGAAAUGCUCUCCUCAGUGAAUUGCUCAGCUUCUACAUCUGGGUCAAAUUAUGUGAGGCAAAGUUUAGGACCAGAAGCCUUUUUAGGAUUUUUCAUAAUCUCAGGUUGUACUUCUACAGUUGCAUUAUUAAUAACUCUAGUUCGCCUAUUGAGACAACAAUGGCAGAAAAAAACAAACAUUCAUGCAGAAUUAAUGGGAAGAGGACUUUGGCUAUGGCUAGCAACUUUCUUCACUCAAAAAAAUUAAACAAUGAAUGUAUUUCAAGUGGCAUUUGCGAAGUAAUAUGACCAUUACAAGCAAGUUGCAUUGGAUUUUAUUAUCUGUAUUAAAGUGGUACUGUAAAUUUGAUUUGCAUGUUAUGAUAUCGGCUUUGGACAAAUUCAGGUUGAUUCA